GCAGACGUCACUCUCGUCUGCUGACAAUUGAAUCCCGGGUUUCUAUCCCUCAUUCUUUCAUUUGGCAGGUCCAAAAUAAUUCAUUAAGAGGAAAACAAACACCUUCAAAAUUGGAAAGGAACUUUAUAAAGGAACAUCAACAAUUUUUAAAAGGAUUAUUUAAUCUGAAGUUGUGUUUUUUUUCCUGAGGAAUAGAACGAGGUAUUCUAACGUUGAGGACAAUUAUUACAGGGCUUGGCGUGGCUAGGAGCUCUGAUGUUUUGCUUCCAUUGUCCACCCGCACUCCACCCGGCCGCGAGGCUCGGGAUGGAGUCUCUAACGGGAUUCCCUUGCGCACCGAACCCAUAUGGCGGUUACGGUCUGCACCACGACCUUCACGAUGACACGUUUGCCCGGCGCAAACAACGGAGAAACCGAACCACUUUCACCUUACAACAGUUGGAGGAGUUAGAAAAGGCCUUUGCUCAGACUCACUAUCCAGAUGUAUUCACAAGGGAAGAUCUUGCCAUGAGGAUCAAUUUAACAGAAGCACGUGUACAGGUCUGGUUCCAAAAUAGACGAGCAAAAUGGCGGAAGAGCGAGCGGUUUUCGCAACAACCAAAAUCUGGCGACGGCAAGACAGAAUCAGGUCAAAACAAGGAGGGAGAGAAAAACUGCCAAGAGCCACACAGCCCACUCUCUGUAGACCUUGAGGUCAACAAAGAUGACGCCCAAGAUGAUGUGUCGUCUGCGAGCCUCGUUUCCGAUCACAGAACAGACGACAUCCAAGUUACAGACUCCGAAGACAUGAAAAUCGAUGUUUCGGGUGAUAUGAGUGACUCAGGCCACCUAGACUCAGGCAGCUCAUCGGAGAAGGACCAGUUGAUCAGGGAAUCGGCCUCACCCAAUCAAGGGGGAGAGAGGAAGUCCCCAAAAUCAGACAGAUUCGAUUCGAGAUCACCUCAGCCACAUUCCCUGCAUCUGCCGCCACACAUGUCCAAGCUGUCGCCACCAUUGCCACCACCCCCUCCGCAUAUGCUACCGUUUAGUGAAUAUGCCAAGCAUCCGUUUCCACGAUUUUUCUCUCCUCUUGAAGGCAGCUUGUCGAGCUUCAAGCCUUGCCUUGACUCCUUCCUAACGAGCCGCCCGUACUUGCCUCCCCAUCUGCCCCAACAUCACCUACCACAUCAUCCAGCAUUCAAAGGUCUGACCAUGUGUAGUUGCUGCGUGACCAGACCACCCUGUAACCCUGGCCCGCUAAACCUCCCUGGCACGGAACAGCGCACGUCGAGCGUGGCCGAUCUGCGGAGGAAAGCUCGGGAGCACUCGGAAGCAAUCGCGGUUGAGGCAACCGGAAGUGGACCAAAAUCGGACGGAUCAUCAAAAUCGGAUUGAAGGAGGAUUUACUAUCAAUACAGUCAAAACUGAAAACAUAAGAGCCAUCAUUUUCUUCGAACUGUUAUUUAUUGAUGUUGGUUGUUUAAGUCAGCCCACAUGUGUGAUUGCCCACAUCAGACAUUUUUCUGAUUGGAUGACAUUUUCUGAUAGCGCCCAAUAAAUCGAUGACUGUGACAUAUCAACACGGGGUGUUAGCCCGGACGGGAAUAAGGAGAUAUAUUUGAUAACUUCUUUUGAGUGUCAAAUGACGGGAAAAUAGGUCCAUUUGCCGUUCUUUCGGGCCAGUUGCGUUUUAUGAAAUGAUUCAACAAGAUCGUGUGUUAUAAUAACUGUGAGAACAUCGAUAUUUUGGUCAUGUGCGUAAGGUUAUUUGAUUAUGUGCGUAAGGUCAGGGAAGUGAACAUUUUUAUUACCCCGAUGCUCUAUGUAGAUGGAUGUCUGUGAAUAUUUUUAAAACACAUGUUGUGUUUGUUCAAGCACUCAUAAGUGCAUUUCUCUAUAAGUCGGGCCAAAUUUUGAUUAUUUUAUGGUAACCGGAAGUGGAUUUUGAUUAUUUUAUUUUGAUUGUCACACAGUUUUUAUUAAUCUUGUGCGUUAUCCUAAGCAUUAUGGGGACAUUAGGCUUCGAUCUGCUACGCUGUAGGCCCUAGUGGGGCGAGCCAGCGCCGGUCUAUAGGGUCAUGAAACAGCGGAGACAUUUGAUAUGAACUUGAUAGGCGUCAAAUUUUCAUGUAUCUUUGGCCAAUGGCCGUUCGUUUUUGAACACUAUCGAAUGUUAUGCGAUGUAUAAGCUCCUUCGUGAUUCUGUUUUCAUGAUCAGCUUCAUAUUGUUUAUUUAUACUUAAAGGUGAGCAUCUAUAUAUAAAGGCCAGAUGUCAAUCGUACAUAUACCACGUUUGUUUGGAGGAGACUACGUUAGCAUCUAACAUAGCCUCUUGUCCCGUUAGCAUGAACUUGUAUUCCAUGAUAUACAUCGGACUAAUAGAGAACAUGAAUAGAACUGCAUUCGAACAACAUGUACGUACAUAGAUGUCUCUACACAGUCCCCAACAUAUCAAUUUAUUCACAUUCCGAGGCCAUAUGAUCAAUAUACGUCUAUUUUUCUAUUCGAUGCGUAUGAUUACCUCCAUAAACUCUAAAUUUCUCUACUCUUUUAGAGGGGCGUUAAGAAACAUCAAAUUCCACAGUUGGACUUCCGCCUUCGGUGUUAUGGUAUCAUAUCCGAUUGUAGCAAGGUCAGUUUAAUUUCAGAUAUGUAGAUACAUUAUAGUAGCAUUCCCUAGACACAUGUUGGAGGAUUUGGUGCUGUAAUCGUUGACCCGAUUUCUCAAGAUAUGGAAUACAUGUAGUUGAAGCUAUACCGUAUGUAUGAAUCGCCUGCUAAUUAGAGAUACUCAAGUAUUUCGAAAUCGCCGCCAAGUCUACUAAUAUCCAUUUAAUUAUUUUUACAUUUUUCUUCCCAUAAUAACGUCAACACCAUUUCAUUGACCAUGUAUGAUCGUAUCCGCUAUCAAUGUAUCAGAAGUUGUGAUUUUUAAUUUACAUUUAUUACACCAUAAAGUUGGGCAAGAAAUCGAUAAUCUAUAGGCAUUAAUCUCCGUCUUUAAUUGAAAGUGUCAUAACCAUAUGUUUUACUAUUAACUAUUCUCCUAAAGGACUACACUGUUCCUUUCACCGUUAUUUCAUGUGGCUCAGGUAGAUUAAAAUAAAGGUUGCCAUAGUUCAGAUCAUGGAGGUAUUCUUGAUAAUACCUCCAUGUUCAGAUAAGCUAAAAUAUGCCAUUUAUAGUGUCUGUGAGUUAGUCCAAACGACGGGCAACUGUUGAGAUUUAGUGCGUAUUUAUACAAAACACGCGUACUAACAGAUCAUGAAAUUUAUACUUGCCUUAAAAUAAAGCCGACAGUAUUACAGUACUAGUCAGAAGUAACAUCAGCCACCAGAAUAAUCGUGUUUAGCCCAGGGUAACACAUCGACCAUAGCACCGUAUAUACAUCAUGCAAGAAUGUUGUCGCGAUGAGGGAUAUUACUGCUGACCAAUAGUGUAAAGUUUUGAUAUUCUGCGUAAUCGCGCUGAUUGUCAAUGAAGUGAAAUUACUUGUUUUUCGUCAGAUCAGCCGUUUUUUGACAAUUUGGUGCUGUAUUUUGUUUCGUCUUGGUGGUCAUCAGUCAACUGGUCAAAGAAAGGGAUGUUUGCUGCUUAAUGAGAGUUAUGGUGAGUAAUUCUACCCUUCAUAGAUUGCAAAAUCGUUCGCUUAGCCAAACAAUAGAUGAUGACGGAAAAUUUUGAAAAUAAUGAAUAAAUGCAUUUUUAUGCAAGGCCAAAAUGACACUGAUGCUGACCGACCAGAAACAUGGUUGAAUAAACAGGGCCCAGUUGCCAAGAUUCCUACCAAUGACUGUGAUUGACUUUUGUGAUACCACCACGACACUAAAUUUAAUAACGGUUUCAGAAUCGCAAACAUUGUAUUCAUUCAAUCCGAAGCUACAAACCUCUUUUUGAGUCCCCGAAUUAUUCUGCUCAGCAAAUUCUGUCUCUCAUUUAAUUGUACAUAAGCUCUCUCUCUAUAUAUAUGUUUAUUGACUGCUAUGAGACCUUUAACCUGUUUCGCCAAUACCAGCAGGAAUUUGCAUCCACACAUGGACGUUGUUCGUAUUUAUCUGUCAUUCGGCACCCAACACACACGGAAAAGUCACAGAACAUCGGCACCCAAGUCAAACCAGAUUAAGGUUGCUUACGAUGCAUAUUAGUCACUGGAGACAAUAGAACCCCCAACUCCCGCCUGCUUCUAAUCCCGUUGGCUGAUUAGUUCUAGGCCUACUUCGAAACUAAGUGUGAUCGGUAAAAAGGCCUGCAAUGGGAGGAUGGUUCAUGGAUACCAUAGCACGUUGCUGAAUUUAUCAACCUACAUAGGAUUUUGUUAAAAUCAGGCCCUUCCCAUAUCAAUCCAUAAAGACAUUCAGACCUGUGUGCUGUGUCUUUACUGUGUAAGCCAGCAUGCGAUAAAGAUAACUUCAGACAUGUGUUUGCUUUCUUUAAUGAUUGUGUUAUAUCUCCCAAUUCUGACUCUGUCAACAAGCUUAGAUAAUGGGGCAUCCAUCCGGGUGCACCUUUAAAUCCACCGUCACUACAAAUGAAAAACAUAAUUUUUUAAGUUUUUUCAUAUUUUGUGCGUCAUGGCUGUCAGGAGUGGCGUCCAACUUCUUUGGGCUCCUGACCUUUCCCUAUCCACCAUUUAUAGCUCAAACUUCGGUCCAUCUAAAUUCAACUUAUGUUUAUGGAUAUUUGGUGACUUAACUUAUCUUGAUAUCACCAUUUGGAAGGGAGUCCAGGCAGCAGCCUGGUAUGGCGGGUCAGAUCAAGUUACACCAAGUCGCAAUAUGCAU